UAAGAAAUCCGAGAGUUUGGAUCUUAAAAUUAGUUAAAACUGAGCUUAGGACUGAGGAGAUAAUAGGAGAUUAGAAUCUGUUUUCUCUCUGUUCGACAAUGGGAGAGAAGCCGAGGAAGCUGCUUGUGUUGUAUGCUUCUCAGACCGGAAACGCUCUUGAUGCAGCGGAGCGUAUUGGCCGUGAAGCAGAACGCCGAGGAUGUUCAGCAUCUAUCGUCUCCACCGACGAAUUUGACGCGAGUUCCUUACUUCAUGAGGAGGCUGUUGUUUUUGUUGUCUCCACUACAGGGCAAGGAGACUCUCCUGAUUCUUUUAAGGCAUUUUGGAGGUUUCUUCUUCAAAGAAAUCUGGGAAACUAUUGGUUGCAACGAGUUCGCUAUGCGGUGUUUGGACUAGGUGAUUCUGGUUACCAGAAAUACAACUUUGUAGCAAAGAAGCUAGACAAAAGAUUAUCAGAUCUUGGUGCCACAACCAUCAUUGAAAAAGGUUUAGGAGAUGAUCAACAUCCAUCAGGGUAUGAAGGAACACUUGAUCCGUGGAUGAUGUCUUUGUGGAGUACAUUAUAUCAGAUCAAUCAAAAAUACUUUCCUAAAGGUCCAGAUGUGAAGAUUUCAAAAGAUGAAGUAAUUGAUCAGCCUAAAUAUAGGAUUUUAUAUCAUAAGCGGGAGAAUUUGGAUCCGAAAUUAUUGGCAGAGUCAGACAUCAUACAAAGAGCCUGUGGAAUGUCUCCUGGAAAAUUAUUCAAGGACAAAACUAAACCAGACUGCUUUCUCAAGAUGACCAGAAAUGAAGUCUUGACUAAAGCUGGAAGCACAAAGGAUAUCCGCCACUUUGAGUUCCAACUUGUUUCCUCUACUAUCGAAUAUGAAGUAGGCGAUGUUGUUGAGCUUCUUCCAAGCCAAAAUCCUUCAACGAUAGAUGCGUUUAUAGAACGCUGCGAUUUAGACCCAGAAUCAUUCAUCACAGUUGGUCCGAGAGAGACAGAGAAUAGUGGUGUCAAUGAAGAAAUGAUUACACGGCUCCCUAUCAAACUUAAGACUUUUAUUGAAUUAACAAUGGAUGUUACAUCCGCUUCACCCCGACGAUACUUCUUUGAGGUUAUGAGCUUCUAUGCAACAGCUGAACAUGAGAAGGAGAGACUUCAAUACUUUGCCUCACCCGAGGGGAGGGAUGAUCUCUACAAUUACAAUCAGAAGGAAAGAAGAAGCAUUCUUGAGGUGCUAGAGGAUUUUCCUUCCGUACAAAUCCCUUUUGAGUGGCUAGUACAGUUAGUCCCACCACUAAAACCAAGAGCUUUUUCAAUAUCUUCGUCUCCUUUGGCCCACCCCGCUCGAGUACAUUUGACCGUAAGCAUAGUAUCAUGGAUCACGCCUUAUAAGAGAACUAGAAAAGGUCUAUGCUCCUCUUGGCUUGCAAGCCUCAUACCUGAACAAGAGGUAAAUAUACCGGUUUGGUUUCACAAAGGCUCCCUUCCUGCUCCAUCACAAUCGCUUCCGCUCAUCUUAGUGGGACCUGGAACCGGAUGUGCGCCUUUCCGCGGGUUCAUAGCUGAGAGAUCCGUACGAGCUCAGUCUAGCUUGGUCGCGCCAGUCAUGUUCUUCUUCGGUUGCAGAAACAAAGACACAGAUUUUCUAUACCGUGAUUUCUGGGAGUCUCACACAAGAGAAGGAGGAAUGCUCUCUGAAGAAAAGGGUGGCGGCUUUUACACAGCAUUCUCUAGAGACCAACCGAAGAAGGUUUACGUGCAACACAAGAUCCGCGAGAUGAGCAAGAAAGUUUGGGAUUUGCUAUGUGAUGGAGCUGCCGUUUAUGUGGCUGGCUCGUCGACGAAAAUGCCAUCUGAUGUAAUGUUGGCUUUAGAGGAGAUUGUGUCAGAAGAGACGGGAGGAUCAAAGGAGAUCAAGAUCAAGUACAUGGCUGUUGGAAACGAGCCUUUCCUUCAGACAUAUAAUGGAACUUACGCUGAGUUCACUUUACCAGCUCUCAUCAACAUCCAACGAGCAUUAGAGGAAGCUGAUCUGAAAAGUGUGAAAGUCACUGUUCCUUUCAAUGCAGACAUCUAUUUUUCGCCUGAAGCGAACCCGGUUCCAUCAGCUGGAGGCUUUAGGCCUGAGCUUAGGGAUGCAACGAUUGAGAUAAUCAAUUUCUUGUAUUCACAUGAUUCGCCUUUCACGGUCAACAUUUACCCUUUUCUCAGUCUCUAUGGAAAUGCUUACUUCCCUUUGGAUUUUGCAUUCUUUGAUGGGACUAACAAGCCUCUAAGCGAUGGAGAUUUGGUAUAUACCAAUGUGUUUGCUGCAAAUCUCGACACUUUGAUUUGUGCUAUGGAAAGAUAUAGCUUCUUGGGGAUGAAGAUCAUCGUAGGAGAGAUCGGAUGGCCUACCUUAUCUGAUUGCACAGUACUCGGGUAUGGAUCCUCCUGUAACCAUCUUACUGCCAUAGGCAAUGCUUCAUAUGCCUUUAAUAAUAUGUAUUAUCAGAAAACCUGGGACUGCGAUUCCUUGGGGUUGGGUUUGAUCAUAGAGGAAGAUCCAUCUGAUGAACUUUGUGAGUUCCCUGUGAUGAUUGAUACAGGAAAUUCACCGAGGUUGCAGCCUCGAUCUUUCAGAGUGUUGACCAGAGUCGCAGCCGCGGUUUUAGUUAUGUUGGUCCUUCCCAUCUUGUAGUAAGUACAUGUUGGUUCUGUCAUUGUAAAUCUCUCAAAUUCUACUUCCUGUAAAAGAAUCUUCAAACUAAAGAUUGUAUCUUUAGAUGAGCAUGGCUAUGUAAAAUACACAACUUGAUUGAUU